UGGAGGUGCCACCUGGAAGCGCAUCUCAAUGUGUUUGACACAGCCUCACAGGGAACAUUUUGGUUUGCUGUGGAUUGUGCAACUUCAGUGAGGAAACGGUGCAGAGGAGAGAUCCAUACAAAGAGAAUUAAGAGAAAGGGAGAAAGGGUCUGGUAAAGGAGAGAGAGUCUGGAACCAUUUCUUCACUCCUCCCUCCCAACCCCCAACAAAGAGUGAUGUAUUUAUGAUAAAUAAAAUAAUGCAUGGUAUAAAAUAGAACAGGAACAAAACAUGGACCCUUUUUCCCUCUUUUCCUUUAUCUCUGAAUGACUUUAAUGAUUAUUUUUUUUUUCCAGUUGUAUGUGCUCAAUAUUUCUCUCUUAAUUCUUUUUAGCCUUUCCAGUCAGAGCUCAUCUGUUUCACUGUAUUGUAUCCCUCCUGUGGUCUAUCUUCCUUCAGUCUUCACCUUGUUUUCUUCUCUUCUUCCCUAAUAAACACAUUUUUUCUAUUCACCUUUCACAUAUCCCUCACUCAACAGGGACUCACAUUACCUCCAUACACACUGGUCAGCCCAAAUUAUUAUUAUAUUAUUACUAUUAGCACACAUCUACCAUUGCCUUGUAUGUCACAUCUUGUACCUGUUUAAGCCUCAACAGAUGUGAUACACUGCUCCUUCCCCCUGUUGUCAAUGCAACCUGAGGACAGUUAGCCUCAGAAACGCAGCUAGAAAUGUUAGCAGCAUCCAGUCAUUUGGCAGCCCAGGGUCAUUUGCUGUAGAAGGUUUUGACUUAGUUUCCCUAUAGACCCAGCUCUGCCUUUACAGAAGUUCUGGGCACUCCAGUAUAAGAGAGAGAUGGAGCUACUGGAGAGAGGCCAGAAAAGGGCCAUGAGGAUGAUGAAGAGGCCGGAGCAUUGCUCCUGCGAGGACAGGCUGAGAGAACUGGAGCUGUUCAGCCUGGAGAAGGUUCAGGGGAGACCUUAUGAGUGCGUACAAGUACCUGAAGGAGUGGUGUCCCAGUCCCAGGACAAGAGGUAGUGGGCACAAAUUGGAGCACAGAGGUUCCUUCUGACCAUCAGGCACUUCUGUGCUGUGCUGGGACAGGCCGCUCAGAAUUUGUAGCGUCUCCUCCUUGGAGAUCUCCAAGAGCCUCUUGAACAUGGCCCUGGGCACUCUGCUCUGGGUGUCUCUGAUGAGAAGCGGUUGGAGCAGAUGGAUCCAGGGGUGUGUGAUCACCUCAACCAUCCUUUGAUUCCAUUACAUGCAAUACGAAAUUUACUAUUGCUAUUUCAGGUGGAUAACUGGAUUAUUCAACAAAGUAAACUGAUUUCUUAAUGGUUUGAUCAAGACAACUCUAGUUGACAUACUGUAAAAGUUAAUUCCUUUAUGAGUGGCACUGAACUAUGUUACCUUAGAAUAAACAAAAUAAGCAUUGCUGAGAACUCAAACAAUAAUCUAUUACUGGCAGAAGAAUUCUCAGGGACAGAUUCCAGGAAGUGAUUAACUAAGAAAAGUGAUAGUUGGGUUUCUCCUUGAAAAUACAUACUGAGACAAAAGUGGAACUCUCUGCUGUCCAGAACGUCAUUAUGACAGUGCACUGUUGCAUUUACCCUGCCCAAACAUUCUCCCAUGUCCCUAUAGAUUGUAGCGCCAUCUGACUCUGAGAUGUUCAUGUCCAAAACAGCAGAGUAGAUGCAGGGCAGGGGAGGCUGGCUUUCUUGGGCAGAUAGCACAGCUUCAGGUGCUUUCUCAAGCAGAUAACACAGUUCCCAGGUGCUUCCUGGUAUUAGGAUGUCUUAAAAGGCAGAGAGGAAAAAAGUAUGCUGGGGAGGCACAAGAAUCUCAUGCAUGGAUGGGAAGGGAAUAGACAUGUACGGGAAAGACAGAUCUGUUCUAAUGAAGAGGUGAAAAGGAUGUUUACUGAACACCCGGACACCAAGUCCUACUUCACACACUUCAAAGGCAUGGACAGUGCUGAAGAGAUGAAACAGUCGGAUCAGGUCAGAGGCCAUGGCAAGAGGGUUUUCACUGCCAUCAAUGACAUGGUGCAACACCUGGACAACACUGAGGCUUUUCUUGGGAUACUGAACCCACUCGGCCAGAAACAUGCCACCCAGCUCAAGAUUGACCCCAAAAAUUUCAGGAUCAUCUGUGACAUUAUCUUGCAACUGAUGGAGGAGAAAUUUGGUGGAGACUGCAAAGCCUCCUUUGAGAAGGUGACCAACGAGAUCUGCACUCACCUGACCAACAUCUACAAAGAAGCAGAACCAUCAGCCCAGAGAGGAACCAGCAGCCUGUACUUUGCCAUCCUCAUCAGUGACGAGAGAAACUCUGUGAAGCAUCUCCUGGGUCAAUGGACUUUGUAGAGGUCAUUAUUUAAGAGACAAAGGAAUUGGUUUGGUUUUGAACUACCACGGUGGGAGGAGCAGGGGACGCUGUGAGCGUGGGGAAGAGCAAUAUCUGAAAAAGACACAGGAAAAGCCCCAUCCUGGACGAAGCAAGUUCCUCGGAGGAGCUUCCAGCACAGAGGAUUCUGACACUGAACGUGGGCACCACUGGAUCCCCCUCGGCAGGGGUGAACAUCUCCAGCACCUGGAUUUUGCACUGUGACUCCCAGAAGAUUGCUCUGGCCAUGCACCCAGGGGAGGGCAGCAGCACCAAGCUCCUGCACAGCUUCUCCUGACACUCCAGCAGUGACCAAGUCCAGAACUGUUUAAUUGCUUUUCCUUAGACGUGGUGAAAUCAUCAGCUGAUAACUGCAAAUAACCACAGGCCAUUCUGCUUCACUGUAACACAAUAAACACAAGGAAAGCU